CCAAACUCCUGUAGCUGACCAUUUGGAAGCACAUUUUGAAAAAGCAAGUUUCAUUGUAAUUCAAGACUUACUCCUAUUCACCUGCAUUUAUGGCGAAGGAGAAGGUUCACGUCAACGUGGUAGUCAUCGGUCACGUCGACAGUGGCAAGUCCACCACCACCGGACACCUGGUCUACAAAUGUGGAGGCAUUGAUCCGAGAAAACUGGAGAAAUUUGAGAAGGCCGCAGCUCAGCUGGGGAAGGGUUCCUUCAAGUUUGCCUGGGUUCUGGACAAACUCAAAGCUGAGAGGGAGCGUGGGAUCACCAUUGACAUCUCCCUCCUGAAGUUCAACACUCAGAAGUACAGCAUGACUAUCAUUGAUGCUCCAGGGCACAGAGACUUCAUCAAGAACAUGAUCACUGGAACAUCACAGGCCGACGUGGCCCUCCUGGUGGUGUCUGCAGCCAAAGGGGAGUUUGAAGCGGGCGUUUCCAGGAGCGGUCAGACCAGAGAGCACGCCCUGCUGGCCUACACGCUGGGGGUCAAGCAAAUCAUCGUCUGCGUGAACAAGAUGGAUCUGACCGAGCCGCCUUACAGCCAGAAGCGCUACGAGGAAGUGGUGCGCGGCGUGGGCGGCUUCCUGAGGAAGAUUGGCUACGACACCAACGCCGUGCCCUUCGUUCCGAUUUCAGGAUGGACCGGGGAGAACAUGAUCAGUGUGACCCAGAAGAUGCCGUGGUACCAAGGAUGGAAGAUUCGUCGGCGGGAAGGGCCUUCAAGUGGGAAGACUCUUCUUGAAGUUCUGGACUCCAUUCAGCCUCCAGUGAGAACGAUCAACAAACCUCUUCGGUUACCUCUGCAGGAUGUCUACAAAAUUGGAGGAGUUGGGACUGUGCCAGUUGGGAAGAUUGAGACGGGCGUCCUCAAACCCGGCAUGACCUUAGUGUUUUCUCCAGCCAAGCUCACCGCAGAGGUCAAGUCGAUUGAGAUGCACCACCAGGGCCUGCAGACGGCUCUGCCGGGGCACAACGUCGGCUUCAACAUCAAAAACGUGUCCGUCAAGAACCUGCGUCGUGGAGAUGUGGCGGGCAACGCCCAGCAGGAUCCUCCUUCAGAUGUUCGCAGCUUUGAAGCUCAGGUGAUCGUCCUGAACCAUCCUGGGAAGAUCAAAGCCGGAUACUCUCCGGUCCUGGACUGCCACACGGCUCACGUCACAUGCCGCUUCACCGAGCUGAAGGAGAAACUGGACCGGCGCACCGGCAAGAAGCUGGAGGACCAGCCGCAGACGCUGGUGUCUGGAGACGCCGCCACGGUCAAACUGGUUCCAGUGAAGCCCAUGUGUGUGGAGAGCUUCUUCACAUACCCUCCUUUAGGUCGCUUUGCUGCCAGAGACCUGAAGCAGACGGUGGCUGUGGGAGUCAUCAAGUCUGUGGAGAAGGACCAAGGGUCCAAAACCCAGAAGGCUCCAGUCUCUAAAUGAGUUGACGUCAAGUGUUCUGUAAAUACUGCAACAUUUUAUUUAUUUUUUCCAAUGAAUUUUAGUUUGUUUAAAAUGUAUAAUUUGUCUACAGAAGAUGCAGUUUGUGUAGUUUUGUUCGUUAAAACAAAAAUAAAACUAGUUUGAAGAA